CUGCGCGUCGUUAGCAUUGAGCGGAAGAAGUUGGCCUCGGAGCGGUCUGGGCUGUGCGGGCAAGGCCGCGGCGGCAGCGGCGGCUGCUUCGACCCACUGAGGGUGGCGCGAUGGGAGACGAGAUGGAUGCUAUGAUCCCUGAGCGGGAGAUGAAGGAUUUUCAGUUCAGAGCCCUGAAGAAGGUGAGAAUCUUUGACUCCCCUGAGGAAUUGCCCAAGGAACGCUCAAAUCUGCUCGCCGUGUCCAACAAGUAUGGCCUGGUCUUUGCUGGUGGAGCCAGUGGGUUGCAAGUAUUUCCUACUAAAAAUCUUCUUAUUCAGAUUAAGCCUGGAGACGAUCCCAAUAAGAUAGUUGAUAAAGUUCAAGGCUUGCUAGUUCCUAUGAAAUUCCCCAUACAUCACCUGGCCCUGAGCUGUGAUAACCUCACACUCUCCGUGUGCAUGAUGUCAAGUGAAUAUGGUUCCAUUAUUGCUUUUUUUGAUGUCCGCACAUUCUCAAAUGAGGCCAAACAGCAGAAACGCCCAUUUGCCUAUCAUAAGCUUUUGAAAGAUGCAGGAGGCAUGGUGAUCGACAUGAAGUGGAACCCCACUGUCCCCUCCAUGGUGGCAGUGUGUCUGGCCGAUGGCAGCAUCGCUGUCCUGCAAGUCACAGAAACAGUGAAAGUGUGCGCGACGCUUCCUUCCACAGUAGCAGUAACAUCUGUGUGCUGGAGCCCCAAGGGAAAGCAGCUGGCGGUGGGGAAGCAGAAUGGAACUGUGGUCCAGUAUCUCCCUACUUUGCAGGAAAAGAAAGUCAUUCCUUGUCCUCCAUUUUAUGAGUCAGAUCAUCCUGUCAGAGUCCUAGAUGUGCUGUGGAUCGGCACGUACGUCUUCACGAUAGUGUACGCCGCUGCAGACGGGACCUUGGAAACAUCUCCGGAUGUGGUGAUGGCUCUGCUGCCGAAAAAAGAAGAAAAGCACCCAGAGGUAUUCGUGAACUUUAUGGAGCCCUGUUACGGCUGCUGCACAGAGAGACAGCACCACUACUAUCUCAGUUACAUUGAAGAAUGGGACUUAGUGCUGGCUGCCUCCGCGGCGUCUACAGAAGUCAGCAUCCUUGCUCGACAAAGUGACCAGAUUAAUUGGGAGUCCUGGCUACUGGAGGAUUCUAGUCGAGCUGAACUGCCUGUGACAGACAAGAACGAUGACUCCUUGCCCAUGGGAGUGGCUGUAGAUUAUACUAACCAAGUGGAAAUUGCCAUCAAUGAUGAGAAGACUCUUCCUCCUGCUCCAGUUCUUAUGUUACUUUCGACAGAUGGUGUGCUUUGUCCAUUUUACAUGAUCAAUCAAAAUCCUGGGGUUAGGUCCCUCAUCAAGACACCGGAGCGGCUCCCGUUAGAAGGAGAGCGACAACCCAAGUCAUCAGGAAGUACUCCCACAACCCCAACCUUGCAGGCCCCACAGAAACCCGAGGCUUCAGCCGCUGCAGCUCCCGCCUCUGUCCAGCCCUCACUGUCCACUGCUCCCUCCCCCGCCUUGUCCUUGCCCUCUGCUGGGGGAGCCCCUGCCGUGUUCUCCUUCGGUUAUUCGUCCUUGAAGUUAUCUGGUUCUGUCACUGGGGAGCCCCCUCCGUACCCCAAUGCUUCUGAUGCUUCCAAAGCCACUGUGGGCUCCGGGGCAGCCACUUUCUCCUUCGCUCCUCCUCAGACCCCCCUAGUGCCCACCCCUGCAGCCUCCCCCAUGGCGCCCGCAGCUACUUCGUUCUCCUUUGGCUCACUGGGUUUUAAGCCCACCCUGGAAAGCACACCAAUGCCAAGUGCGUCUACACCCAGCACUGGAAUGAAGUCCUUCCCACCCUCAGCCUCUGCAGUCAAGGUCAACCUUAGCGAAAAGUUCACUGUGGCGACCUCUGCUGCCAACAGCUCCCAGAGCACGCCCCCGCUGCUGCCGUUCUCUGCCUCCAAGCCAGCUUCCUCUGGCCCGCUCAGCCACCCCACGCCCCUGUCAGCAUCGUCCGGCUCCCUGUCAUCCAAGGCCUCAGUCUCUCCCUCGGCGUCAGGGCGGUCCGCUCACAGCAGUCCAGGUCCAGUGUCCUCAGUGGGGCAGAAGUCACCCAGGAUAACCCCUCCAGUGGCCAAGUCAGGUUCUCCCCAGGCAAAGUCACUUCCGCCUCCUGUGACAGAAAAGCAGGGACAUCAGUGGAAAGAGUCAGAUCCUGUGAUCAUUGGAAUUGGAGAGGAGAUCACGCACUUUCAGAAGGAGCUGGAAGAGCUGAAGGCGCGCACCUCGAAAGCCUGUUUCCAGCUGGGCACUUCGGAGGAGAUGAAGAUGCUGCGGACGGAGUCGGAUGACUUGCACACCUUUCUCCUGGAGAUUAAAGAGACCACGGAGUCUCUUCAUGGAGAUAUAAGUACGCUGAAAACAACUCUACUCGAGGGCUUUGCUGGUGUUGAAGAAGCCAGAGAACAAAGUGAGAGAAACCACGACUCUGGGUACCUGCAUCUGCUCUACAAGAGACCACUGGAUCCCAGGAGUGAAGCACAGCUCCAGGAAAUUCGGCGCCUUCAUCAAUAUGUGAAGUUUGCUGUCCAAGAUGUGAAUGAUGUUCUAGACUUGGAGUGGGAUCAACAUCUGGAACAAAAGAGAAAGCAAAAGCGCCUGCUUGUGCCAGAACGAGAGACGCUGUUUAACACCCUGGCCAACAACCGGGAGAUCAUCAACCAGCAGAGGAAGAGGCUGAACUGCCUGGUGGACAGUCUCCAGCAGCUGCGACUCUACAACCACACUUCCCAGUGGAGCCUCCCCUUGGAGGUCCCCUCCCAGAGCAGUAUUCACAGCUUUGACAGUGACCUGGAAAGCCUGCGCAAUGCUUUGUUGAAGACCACCAUAGAGUCUCAAGCCAAACCCUUGCCGAAAGUACCAGCUAAACUGUCCCCUGUGAAACAAGCACAGCUGAGAAACUUCUUGGCCAAGAGAAAGACCCCACCAGUGAGAUCCACUGCUCCAGCCAGCCUGUCCCGGUCAGCUUUCCUGUCUCAGAGAUACUAUGAAGACUUGGAUGAAGCCAGCUCAACAUCAUCCAUCUCCCAGUCUUUGGAGAGUGAGGACACGCGGGCACCCUGUAAAGAUGAUGAUGCCGGGGUCCAGGUCCCUCGGCAUGCCCCGGUGGUUCGCACUCCAUCCAUCCAGCCCGGCCUCUUGCCCCAGGCAGCAGCUCCUUUUGCCAAGUCUCACCUGAGUCAUGGUCCACCUGGUGUGAUGGGACCCUCAGUGUCCACGUCUGCUGGCAAAAUCAUUCCUCAGGGGGCCGAUAGCACGAUGCUCGCAACCAAAACCGUGAAGCACGGCGCCCCGGGCCCUUCCCACACCAUCCCGGCGCCCCAGGCGGCCGCGGCGGCAGCGCUGAGACGGCAGAUGGCCAGUCAGGCGCCAGCUGUAAGUACUUUGACUGAAUCAACUUUGAAGACUGUCCCUCAAGUGGUCAAUGUGCAGGAAUUGAAGAAUAACCCUUCACCUGCCUCUGCAGCGAUGGGGUCCCCGGGGCCACACCCCGCCCCCAGAGCACCUCACUCAGUGCCGACCCCAGCGGCUGCCGAUAGCCAGGCUAAGCAGGGAUCGCUGAUAAAUUCCCUAAAGCUGUCUGGACCCACGUCAGCCUCCAGUCAAUUGUCAUCCGGUGACAAAGCUUCUGGACCAGGGGCAACCAAGAUAGAAACCGCUGUGACUUCCGCCCCAUCUGCUGUCGGGCAGUUCAGCAAGCCUUUUGCGUUUUCUCCAUCGGGGACUGUCUUCAAUUUUGGGAUAAUCACACCAACACCAUCUUCUACUUUCGCUGCCACACAAGGGGCCACACUCCCUGCUAAAGAGUCAAGCCAGCCAGACACGUUCUCGUUUGGCGGGGGAGGCAGACCUUUAUCCGAGACCAUUCCUGAAAGCUCCCCGCCCUCAGCGGCGACAGCAGCGUCCGCCGCCACCGGCGCUGCCCGCGCUCCUCCGGGAGAGUCGGCUCCGUCGGGCAGCAGGCCUGUGGCACCUGGAAUCGCGCUCUCCACCCCUUCCAGCAAGCUGGAAACGCCGCCCGCUAAGUCGGGAGAGUUUCUGUUUCCAAGUUCUUUGGCCGGCGAGACUCUAGGGAGCUUCUCAGGACUGCGGGUCGGCCAAGCAGAGGAGUCCACAAAGCCCGCCAGUAAAGCUCCGUCCACCAGCCUGCCCGGUGCACAGCCAGCCAAGACUCCCCCUGUGCCCUCGGGCUUUAACUUUGCUGGCCCGCCAGCGCUGGCGAAGCCUGCGGAGCCUGCGGCGACCUCCUCGGUGGCCGCCACCCCUGUGGCCCCAGCAGCCAGCACGAGCACCAGCUGUGCCUCCACUGGUGUCCUUGGCAGUCUGCCCCUCAGCAGCGCAGGGUCCUCGGGGGUCAUCGGUUUCGGUGGGAUCUCUCUGGGUGGUGGCAAGACUACUUUUUCAUUUGGAAGUCAGCAGACGAGCAGUACGGUGCCCCCGUCUGCUCCACCAUCGGCCACCUCUGCUGCUCCCUUUCCCACAUCCUUCCCCACGCUGUCCUUUGGGGGUCUCCUGAGUUCAGCGUCUGCUCCCACCCUGCCUGGUUCCGCUGCUAAAAGCACAGAGGAGGCGACGUCGUCAUCUUUGCCCGAGAAGCCAGGCACCAGUGAGGUCUCAGCAUCAACAGCCUCGCCUCUAGGGCCACAGCAGUCAGCCCCGCUUCCCCAGGCGUCUCUGCAAAGUUCCGACCCCGUGAAGAAGGAGCCUGCCCCCGCCCAGCCCGUAGGCAGCGGCCCCGGCGCCGCAGCACCUGGUUCCAGUCUCCUGGCACCGUCUGCAGAGGCCACGCCAGCCGCCACUGGGGUCCCUGAUGUCAAGACAGAACCAGCAUCUCCUGCUCCCUCCCUCCCAGUGCCUGGGCAGACUGCUGUCACGGCAGCUCCGACCCCAAGUGCGGGCCCUGUGACCACAGAGGCAUCCAGUCCCCCCACUACUGCCAGCGCUGUUUCCAGUGUGCCCCCAAGCCCUGCUGCAGACACGGUGGGGUUUGGGACGGUCACUUCUGGCUCCUCGGUCUUCACUCAGCCACCUGCUGCCAGUUCUAGCCCAGCUCUCAGCCAGCUCACCAGCAGCACGGCCACUGCCCCCCCAGCCACCCCCGUGUUCGGGCAGGCGGCGGCCAGCACCGCCCCCAGCCUGUUUGGGCAGCAGGCGGGCAGCACAGCCAGCACGGCCGCCGCCACGCCGCAGGCCAGCAGCUCGGGGUUCGGCAGUCCAGCCUUUGGCACCGCGGCCGCCGGGGUCUUCGGGCAGGCCCCCGCCUUCGGGCAAGCCACAAGCACCCCCGCCAGCGGCUUUUCUUUCAGUCAGCCUGGCUUCAGCUCCGGCUCCGCCUUCGGGCAGUCUGCGCCCUCCGCGGCCCCGUCCACCAGCGGGAACGUCUUCGGUGUCUCUGCAAGUGCCGGCAGCUCCAGCUCCUUCUCGCUGGGCCAGUCUCCCGCCAACGCGGGAGCGGGGGUGUUCGGCCAGAGCAGCCCUCCCGCGUUUGGCCAGAGCCCUGGCUUCGGGCAGGGCAGCUCUGUGUUUGGUGGCACCUCGGCCACCACCACCACAGCAGCGUCCUCUGGGUUCAGCUUCUGUCAAGCUUCAGGCUUUGGGUCCAGUAAUGCUGGGUCUUUGUUUGGUCAAGCAGCCAGUACUGGUGGGACCGUUUUUGGCCAGCAGUCCUCGUCGUCCAGUGGGAGCGUGUUUGGGUCAGGAAACACCGGAAGAGGGGGAGGUUUCUUCAGUGGCCUUGGAGGGAAACCCAGCCAGGAUGCAGCCAACAAAAACCCAUUCAGCUCGGCCAGCACGGGCUUUGGAUCUGCAGCCACCCCAAGUACCUCUAACCUCUUUGGAAACAGUGGGGCCAAGGCAUUUGGUAGCUUUGCCAGCUCGUCGUUUGGAGAGCACAAACCUUCUGGCACCUUCAGCUCUGGAGGAGGAAGUGUGGCAUCGCAAGGCUUCGGGUUUUCCAAUGCAAAUAAAACAGGUGGCUUCGGUGCUGCUCCAGUGUUUGGCAGCCCUCCUACUUUUGGGGGAUCCCCUGGGUUUGGAGGGGUGCCAGCAUUCGGUUCAGCCCCAGCCUUUACAAGCCCUCUGGGCUCGACGGGAGGCAAAGUGUUCGGAGAGGGUACUGCGGCUGCCAGCGCAGGAGGAUUCGGGUUCGGGAGCAGCAGCACCACCACGUCCUUCGGCUCCCUCGCCAGCCAGAACGCACCGGCGUUUGGGUCGCUGCCCCAGCAGACUGCGGGCUUUGGGACCCAGAGCGGAGGGUUCUCUGGCUUUGGAUCAGGCACCGGAGGGUUCAGCUUUGGCUCAUCUAACUCGUCGGUCCAGGGCUUUGGCGGCUGGAGAAGCUGAGUGGUGUCGGUGUCCUUCCAGUUCCUGUGACAGCGGCGUUCUCAGGUCCUCGUCCCUGAGGAGCACGGGGACAGUCCUCUGGGGGCGCUGUCCCCCCUGGCACGC